AUGCACAAGAGCGCAAUGCUACGUGGAUUGAGCAUCUCGCGGCUUGGGCUGGCCCCACUAAGUCUGGCCCGGUUGCACCGGCGCAUAUCCUUUCUCAGCACCUCCAUGGAAAGGCUGGCACUCGUACGAAACGUGGUCGAUGCCCUGCAAUUCUUCCGCGUGUCGAAUGAUCCGUGCGCAGACAUCCUGGCGAUGCUCUUUCGACCUGUGGCAGCUUCGACUUGGAAGCUUCUGUCCUCCAAUAUCAGCGCCGCGGCUCAUCUCGUCGUUUCUGUGUACGUGUACGAGUAUGUGUUCUCGUGGUCAGUGAGAGGGCCUAGCUCCAUUACGCCACGCUCGGGAGGAGGGGUGGAUACCUUGAAAGGCAUCGUGCUGCAGUUUUCCCAACCGUCAUCCGCUUCACAUGUUCUCCUAAGCCCAAUUGAUCGCGCGCGUUAUCUGCAUGAACAAGCGGAACGAGGCUGGACGUCUGGGGAUCUCUCUUUCGCAUCCUCCACGGCCACGAGUACGUGUACGAGCGCUGUCUCGAUUCAACACAAAGACAACAACUACUCCACCACGGCCUACCUAGUCGUCCUCCUCGGCCGCUGUAACUAUUACCUGCAUUCAAAUAUGGCGACCCUCCCCCCCACUCACAAGGCCCUGCGAUUUCUCGUCGUCUUUGACUUGCCGCUGAUGACCCCUGUCCUGGAUGGCAGCCCCCCUGGUCACCGAUAUGCGCGCCCCCUGGCGUCAACCCUCCUUGUUUUCGAGGACCCCCCUUGCCCGUUGUACUAUGCCAUCAACGACCAUGGCCUUUGUAACCUGUUGAAGAGCCCAUUGGUUCAGUACGCAAACAGGCCUCGAGCGACGGUCAUGCGUUCGUCCGCGGACUCGAUUUAG